AUGGGUGGGUCGCCUAAUUUUGUCUUCACUCAGGGUGCUGUACUACCAAAGGCCACCACUGGAGUGAACAAUGAAGAUGGCUUGUAUGUUGAGAAUGAGAUACAAACUUCUAAAUCGGAUGUCCCAGAAGGAAACAGGUGGAGGUGGUCUCGAUUACACAAAGAAGUAGAACAGCAAACCUCAAUGACGGCUGUACUCAUUCCAGAGAUAGAGACGUCAUCCGAGGCAGAUGUUCAGGUCCAAACCUCAUUUUCGAGCUUACCAAGAGGAAGGGAGGUCCAGGCGCAAACUUCGUUUCUCUCCCUGCGGUCUCCAACCCCAGUAGAAAAUGAUGCUCAAGUACAAACUUCAUUUAUGGAAUUGCCAAGAGAGGCAGAAGCGCAGGUGCAAACAUCAUUGCUUUCGUUACCUGGAGAAAAGGAGAUGCAUGCCCAAACUUCAUUUACCUCUUUGCCAGAAAGGAGAUCUGUGGCAUCUUUUGCAGGUUCUGUUAUGUCCUCUUCCUCCUAUCUAGAGUUAUUAGAGAAGUUUCCCUCUCUGCCCAUGUUAUCUGAGGCUCAGGUGCAGACCUCGCAUCUUGACAUAAGAGUUCCUUCGGAGAUAGACAUCCAGCUGCAGACUUCGUUUUCGGACUACAUGUCAGAGAGAGAUUAUGGCUCCUCCUCCGAGGCCCAGAGUAAGCUAUCGCCCCAGUCGUCAGUGAUAGACCAAAGCACGAUGUAUCCCAUAUAUAUUGAUUCUGGGGUACAAACUUUACCUGUGGAAAUACCGCCUGGCAACGACUGGCGUUCUGCACGAUUAAAGGCUGCGGCCCAGGUGCAAACGUCAUUUGCUUCGAUGACCAAAAAACCACCAAUGCUCGAGUUCGAAAAAGAAGAGGUGGAAUCCCUUUUUUCCAUAGAAGAGGCACCUCUGCCUUCUAGACUGACUGAAAGAUCUAUGCAAACAUCUGACACAUUGCUUCAGCAGUGGAAGAGAUUGCAUUCAGCACGGUCACAAACUGAUGCACAGGUGCAAACACCCAGCAUUGAACUGCUAAAGAAGCUUUCUUUGCUAUCCCGGAUUCAGAGCAUGGAAGCAGCUUCCCGUGCCGAGUUAGUAAAGAAAGCUUCCUCCCUGUCGGUGGGUGAUGCAAACCUAAUGCAAACCUCAAGUCCUGAAUUACUGAGGAAGGCUUCUUCUUGGUCAAACUCUGGGGUCCAAGAUGAGCUGCUGAAGAAGCGUCCGGCUUCGGCACAAGUGCUUAGAACCUCAGAUUAUGAACUGGCAAGGUUGCUUUCUCCCAAGUCAACCAAGGAGGCCCAGAUACAAACAUCUGAGCUAGAACUCAUUAAUAAACUUUUGUCAGAAUCCCAUGAGAGGUCAACAGACACUCUCUUCCGGAAGUCCUCUUCUGCAUCAGAUAUCAAACCCCAGGAGAGGACCUCAGACGCUGAUUUUCCAAAGGCCCUUUCUGCAUCAUUUGCAAAAACCCCAGAGAAGAUAGUGGACAGUGAUUUCCAAAGCUACACUUCCAUGUCACAUGCUGAACCCCAGAAGAAGAUAUCAGACACUGACAUUCAAAAGUACUCUUCUUUGUCAUUGAUUGAGGGUGGGCAUGAUAAUCAGGAAGCUUUAACAGAAGGGAAGGAGUACCUUAUUACCCCACAGGUGAUGGAAGCUCAGAUCCGCAAAUGGUAUCAUGAACUCCCAGAAGUCCAGACAUCAGCCUCUCAAAAGGAGCCUAUUUGGAUGCCAACAGUUGAGAGUGAGGUACAAACAUCGCAUGUUGAAAUACCAUACGGAAACAAGUGGCGCGAAUCACGCUUGCAAACCGAAGCUCAGGUGCAGACUUCAGGGCUUAAAGUGCCCGUGCAAAAAGCAGAAUCUUGUCCCCAACUGCAGAAGGCCGACCAGACACAAACAUCCUUGCUUGAAAUAUGGCGAGCAAGAGAGUUAGCUGAAGCCCAGAACCAGACUUGCAGCUUCGAUGAAGCCGAAACAGAGGAGUUCCCUCCUGGAUUACUAGUUGAUAGCCAAGCACAAACGUCAGAUUUUGACUUUUGGAAAGCAAAGGAACGAAUGGAAAUGCAAACGCAGACCUCAGUAGACAAAUUUCAACAGCAAGGAGUCAAGUCUUCUCCCAAUGAGCAGGUUGACAGGUUGGUGCAGACAUCUUUUAUUGAUCUGGGGAAGGCAAAAGACUACAUGCAGCAGAAGGCAACUGAGACGGACUUCACAGAGCCUGAAGGAACGUAUUUUUCCCCAUUACAAAGUGUCUUUGAAGUGGAGACUGAUACUCGGGCAAAACGCUCCUUCUCUGAUUUCCUAGAGGCACAAAAAGAGCCUCCUCUGGCGCAACAAUCCAAUGCUGAGGCGCAAACCUCAAAUGUUGAAAUACCUGCGGGGAGCUCAUGGAGCUCAUCACACUUGCAUUCCGAUGUUCAACAGCAAACUUCACUGGAAUUUGAUGAGGAAGAAUUAGACACUCUUCCCCAAUCACAAAAGGACAUCCAGUCACAAACCUCCCUUCUUGACAUAUGGAAGGCAAAACAGCUCCAUGAUGCCCAGAUCCAAACUUCUUGGAUGGAUUACCCAACAGAUGUGGAAGAUCCUUUUCUCUCACCUGAGUCUGAAAGCCCAUCUGAGUUCUUCAUGCCUGAGGAAGAACAGUCUCCUCCACCAGCCCUAAUGGAGGCUCAGAUGCAAACCUCCCUACUUGACAUAUGGAAGGCAAAAGAACUCCAUAAUGCCCAGAAGCAAACUUCUUGGAUAGAUGUGACAGAACCCAUGGAAGAACCUUUUCUCCCACCACAGUCUGAAAGCCCAGUUGAGCCACCUAUGCUUGAGAUGAAAGAGGCUUCUCCACCAGACAGAAUGGACACCCAACUGCAAACCUCCUUCUCUGACAUAUGGCGGAAAACAGAAAGAGCUGAUGCUGAGAUGCAAAGUUCCCUGCCAGAUUUGUCACAAGUCACAAAAGUGGUGCCCCUCCUACCACAGUCUGAAAGCUCAAUUGAUCCACCUGGGGUUGAGAUAAAAGAGGCUUCUCCUCUAGGCAGAAUGGACAACCAGGUGCAAACCUCCUUCUCUGACAUAUGGCGGAAAAAAGAACGAGCGGAUGCUAAGAUGCAAAGUUCCCUGCCAGAUUUGUCACAAGACACCAAGGUGGUGCCCCUCCUACCAGAGUUUGAAAGCCCAAUUGAUCCACCUGGGGUUGAGAUAAUAGAAGCUCCUCCUCCAGGCAGAAGUGAUAACCAGGUGCAAACUUCCUUCUCUGACAUAUGGCGGAAAAAAGAACGAGCGGAUGCUAAGAUGCAAAGUUCCCUGCCAGAUUUGUCACAAGUCACCAAGGUGGUGCCCCUCCUUCCACAGCCUGAAAGCCCUAUUGAGCCACCUGGGGUUGAGAUAAUAGAAGCUCCUCCUCCAGGCAGAAUGGACAACCAGGUGCAAACCUCCUUCUCUGACAUAUGGCGGAAAAAAGAACGAGCGGAUGUUAAGAUGCAAAGUUCCCUGCCAGAUUUGUCACAAGUCACCAAGGUGGUGCCCCUCCUACCACAGCCUGAAAGCCCAAUUGAGCCAUCUGGGGUUGAGAUAAUAGAAGCUCCUCCUCCAGGCAGAAUGGACAACCAGGUGCAAACCUCCUUCUCUGACAUAUGGCGGAAAAAAGAACGAGCGGAUGUUAAGAUGCAAAGUUCCCUGCCAGAUUUGUCACAAGUCACCAAGGUGGUGCCCCUCCUACCACAGCCUGAAAGCCCAGUUGAGCCAUCUGGGGUUGAGAUAAAAGAGGCUUCACCAGGCAGAAUUGACAACCAGGUGCAAACCUCCUUCUCUGACAUAUGGCAGAAAAAAGAACGAGCGGAUGCUAAGAUGCAAAGUUCCCUGCCAGAUUUGCCAGAAAUCACCAAGGUGGUGCCCCUCCUACCACAGCCUGAAAGCCCAAUUGAGCCACUUGUGGAUGAGAUAAAAGAGGCUUCGCCAGGCAGAAUUGAUAACCAGGUGCAAACCUCCUUCUCUGACAUAUGGCAGAGAAAAGAACGAGCGGAUGCUGAGAUGCAAAGUUCCUUGGGAGAUUUGCCACAGGUCACCAAGGUAGUGCCUCUGCUACCACAGUCUGAAAGCCCAAUUGAGCCACCUGGUGUUGAGAUAAAAGAGGCUCCUUUGGCAGCCAGAAUGGACAACCAGGUGCAAACCUCCUUCUCCGACAUAUGGCGGAAAAAAGAGCGCGCUGACGCUGAGAUGCAAAGUUCCCUGGCAGAUUUGCCACAAGCUGAAAGCCCAAGACAAUCACCCAUGCCUGACUCAGUAGAUGCAGCUCCUGAAUUUCCUCCCCCAAUUGAACCUAAGGAGGCAACUUACUUACCUGAAAUUCCAGAGACAAUGAAGCCAGUGGAUGUUCCAAAGUCACUUCCCCCAUCACCAAGUGACAGCAAGGACCAGAUCUCCCAGCGUGAUAUGCAGACGCCAGAAGAAUUACCCGUAGCACAGGAGCAGUCUUCCAGGACCAGUUUGGCAAAAAUUACCAGCCCAGUCCGACCACCCUCACCUGUAUCGCUGUAUGCAGAGGAGCACGCUGACCUCGCAGAGCAGAAAAGAGCUUCGAUGGAAAAAACAUUGCUGGAAUUAUGGACCACACGAGAGGAAGCAGAGGUUCAAAAGCAAACUGACCAACUUCAGCUUCACCUCGAGGAUUUGCCUUUAUUCCCAAAGCUGGAAGACAGCCAGGUGGAGAUUGCAGGUGCGAUGAAACCUGAAGGGAAAAAACAAAAAGUUUCUAAGGCGCCCAAAAAGUCGAAAGCUCCUGCAUUUGCUGAAGCCCAGGUCCAGACCUCGUUUGUCGAAAUACCCCAGGGGAAGAAAUGGCGUGCAUCUCGCAUAUUUGCGGAGGCCCAAGUUCAGACUUCUUUUCAAGACCUCCAUGUGAAAGAAAAGGCCCCGAUUUUGCGUGAACAUGUGGCAGCCAAAAGGGUACCAAAGGGGCCGAAGCGGGCAGCGCCAGUGUCCGUGCACUUACACGUAAAGAUGUCUCCAAAGCGUCAAACUAGCAAUGAAAAGAAAUAG